AGCCACCAGGAGAUACACCACAAUCACCAGGAGACGUGCCACAGUCACUGGCAGACGCGCCACAGUCACCAGCAGACAUGCCACAGUCACCAGCAGAUGUGCUACAGUCACCAGGACAUGUGCCACAGUCACCAGGAGAUGUGCCACAGUCACCAGUAAGUGUGCCACAUUCACCUAAAGAAGUCCCAUACAUACCAGGAGAUGUGCUACGUUCACCUGGAGACAUGCCACGCUUGCUGGGAAACAUGCCACACUCACUUGGAGACUUGCCUCUGUUACCACAAGACAGGCUUGACUCUCCCCAAAAUGAUGUACAGAACCAUGACACUCCCAUGGAUAUCUCAACUCCAUCCUCUCCAAGCUGCUCUCCCAGCCCACAAUCUCCACAGUCUAAAAUUUCCUUAGAGAAAGUUUCUUGGCUCUCUGCCAUAGAAACUCCAGCCAGAAAAGAGAUACCAUUCUCAGAGCCUGCCAACCCCGGGUCUGCCCAGGUACAAGCACGAACACCACAAGGUGGUUUAUACAACAGACCAUGCCUGCACAGACUGAAGUACUUCUUACGACCUCCAGUGCAUCACCUCUUCUUCCAGACACUCAUACCAGAUAAAGACACGAGAGAGAGCAAGGGUCAAAAAUUAGAACCCAUCCCUCAUCGAAGACUAAGAAUGGUAACAAACACCAUUGAAGAAAAUUUUCCCCUGGGAACUGUGCAGUUUUUGAUGGACUUUGUGUCACCCCAGCAUUAUCCACCCAGAGAAAUUGUGGCUCAUAUCAUCCAGAAAAUCCUGCUCAGUGGCUCUGAGACCGUGGAUGUCCUAAAGGAGGCCUACAUGCUUCUCAUGAAAAUUCAACAGCUACAUCCAGCUAAUGCCAAGACAGUGGAGUGGGACUGGAAGCUGCUCACUUAUGUCAUGGAGGAAGAGGGGCAAAAUCUGCCUGGGCGAGUCCUUUUUCUGCGUUAUGUGGUCCAGACGCUGGAAGAUGACUUCCAGCAGACCCUGAGGAAGCAACGACAGCACCUGCAGCAAUCCAUUGCAAGCACUGUGCUGUCCUGUGAUAAGCAGCCCCACAAUGUCAGGGAUGUUAUCAAGUGGUUGGUCAAAGCAGUAACUGAAGACGGAUUAACUCAGCCCCCAAAUGGGAAUCAAACCUCUUCAAUAACAGGAAUCUUGAGGGGCAGCAGUAGCCACCCUUCUCCCCAGCCUACCCUGACGAAGAACACCAAUCAGCUGAUUGUGUGCCAGCUGCAGAGGAUGCUGUCCAUAGCUGUAGAGGUAGACAAGACCCCCACCUGCAGCUCCAAUAAAAUUGCUGAGAUGAUGUUUGGGUUUGUGUUGGACAUUCCUGAGAGAAGUCAAAGAGAGAUGUUCUUUACUACCAUGGAAAGCCACCUGCUGCGCUGCAAAGUGUUGGAAAUCAUAUUCCUCCACAGCUGCGAGACACCCACCCGCCUGCCCUUGUCUCUGGCCCAGGCCCUCUAUUUUCUGAACAAUUCUACAUCACUGCUCAAGUGUCAGUCGGAUAAAACCCAGUGGCAGACAUGGGAUGAGCUGGUUGAGCAUCUGCAGUUUCUGUUAUCCAGUUAUCAACAUGUUUUAAGAGAGCACUUACGGAGUUCAGUGAUUGAUAGGAAAGACUUAAUAAUCAAAAGGAUUAAGCCCAAGCCCCAGCAAGGAGAUGACAUCACAGUGGUAGACGUGGAGAAACAGAUUGAGGCCUUCCGCGGCCGCCUGAUCCAGAUGCUGGGGGAGCCACUGGUCCCGCAGCUCCAGGACAAAGUGCACUUGUUGAAGCUCCUGCUCUUCUAUACCGCAGACCUGAACCCCGACGCAGAGCCCUCUCCUGAGAACUGGAGCAGCCCCUGAGGUCCUCCUAAGCACUGAACACCAAGAAUACCUCCUGAACUCUAUCUCCAACUACUUGGAAGUUGUAAAAGUAUGAAAAGUAGUUAAAAACCUUACAGGACCAAACCUAUCUUAUUUAUCUGCAGGUUAUGCUAACUUUCUCUUUAGUAAAUACCUUUUUUUGAUAAUCCUAGCCUAGCCUAUUCUCAAAUAUGGCUUACUAUACAAGGUGUAUAUAUUUUUUAAUAAAUUAUUUAUCUAUACUUUUUUUGAAAAGGUAAUACUAUAUGCACUAUAUGUUUAACAGUUCUAUUCAAGAUGUGAAAAAACCCCUCUGCUGAACAAAUCCUAGACAUCAAUGUUACGUCAUUCAAGGUACGGACAACCUGUUUCGAAAGAGAAAGAUCCGUUUCUCCCUAAUGGAACACAAACAUCCUAUAUUAGACCUUUUAUAUUGCCUAUAAAUUUGACUUUGUGGCCAGUCUAUUAAGAUCUAAUGUAAUGUGGGGGGCUAGAAACAAAAAGGAUUGAGUGUGUUACAAAAAAUUUGAUGUUAAAAGCAAUCAAUCAAUAAAAAGGCAAUGGUUUUUCAAAAUACCAAGUUUACCAUGCUUAAGUUCCAUGACUGAGUAGGCAGAAUGGAAUAACUGCUCUUAACAGGACAAAAAAACAGCUAUGCACAUUUGAGAAAGCAGUAAGGAUUUUUAUUGUCAAAACAAGAGAUACAAGCAUAACAGAAGACAUAAAUAAAUUAAUUGUUCUGGUCAUUUUAGACUCCAGGUCCUCUCUGGAAAGGUCAGCUCAGCUCCUAAUGUAGACACAAUCCUGUCCAAAGCCAAAGACAGCAGGAAUGUAAGACAGUGUUCAAGACAACAACUGAACGUGUACAGUGAGGAGAAGUGACACGGUGGCUUCCCGAGUUCGUUUCCUCAGUAAAGUUAAGUUUAUAUGAUGGUAGGAGGCUCAUUUUAGGGAAAAAUGAUUGCAUACAGAACAUUUUUUUAAUUCUUCCACCUCCCAGAAAAAAGUUUCAGGUCCUGGCCUGAACAAGGAAAUCAAAAUAGGGUGACGUUAGUUUCACACGAACCUCAACGCUAUAAUCUAACUGUAGUUACCACCUUCUUUACUU